AUGCGCUCUCUCGCGCUGUGUCCGUCGCUCGCGCUCCUGUGCGCUUUUCUCUGCCGCGCCGUUUCCGAGUUCUCCACUUUCCUCUCCUCCUCCUCCUCUUCACCACCCUCUUCCUCCAAAUCCGACCUGGAUUAUGAGUUCGGAGAUUACCGGGGCAAAUGGUGCAUCGACGAUCACGGCUUCGUGUACAACCUCGGUGAGGUAUAUUACCCGGGGCGCGCCGCGUGCCCAUGCACGUGCACGGAGGACGGUCCGGUGUGCGUGCGACCCAAGUGUCCGCGCAUACACCCGCGCUGCACGCGCAUCCGGUACAAGUCGUGCUGCCCGGUGUGUGAGGCCAUCAGCAAAGUGUGUGUGUACGGAGGCAAAACAUACCGGGUGUUCCAGGAGUUCAGGUUGUCUCGGUGUGAGCGUUGUCGCUGUGAGCCCAGUGGUGAAGUGUACUGCAGCAUAUCGGACUGUCCGGCUCUGCACUGUGUAAACCCCUCAUACGAACCCAAACACUGCUGCCCUGUGUGUAAAAGCGGUCCAAACUGCUUCGCCGGGAACCGCAUCAUUCCUGCUGGAGAGCGAGUGGAGGUGGACGAAUGGACUGUCUGUUUCUGUACCUACCGAGACGGGACCUGGCAGACGCACCCUCACGCCACGUGUGAACAGCGCCAGCGGCCGGACGAAGACGCGUUCAAGCAGAUGGAGGAGCAGGAGAUGGAGAGAGAGAAGGAGCGAGAGAGGCAGAGAGAGAGAGAGCGCAUGCCCAGGUUGGAUGCCAUCCCAUGAAGGCUUUAGCGUUUAGCCGGGAGAAACACAACCUGCGCUGUACCGAGUGCCAACGCUGACCUCCUCCAACCCCCUCCAGAUCCAAGACAUCCGUCAAAAACACUUGCAUUCUGGGAUCCAUCUUCCAUCUGCACUCGCAGGAACCACGCUGUGACCUGUGAGAAUGUGUUUGUGGUGAACAAACUUUUAGAAAAAUAAAAUAUCAAGCGAA